UAGCUGAAUCACUGAAUGAAUGAAUGAAUGAAAGCAACCUCUUUCAGUGUCCUUCCUUCUUUGAUGCCUUUUCAUGUAGUUGUCAUUUACUGCGGUUGCCUAAUGACUAUUUUUGCUUUCUUUCUCUGCAGGGCUUAAGAGUGUUUCUUAAUUUACAGUCGGUGCUUCAUGAUGAAUCCCAGUGGAAGUUUCCACAUGAAUUCAAUCCAAAGAACUUCCUCAAUGACAGUGGAGAGUUUGUUAAGCCAGAUGCUUUUCUGCCAUUUUCAGCAGGGCCACGAGUAUGUAUUGGUGAGAGUCUUGCUCAAAUGCUAAUAUUUCUGUUCUUCACAACUCUACUACAACACUUUGAAAUUGCAUCCCCUGAAAAUAACAAACUUCCAGAUUUUACAGCAUUAUUUGGUUUAACACAGUCUCCCGUUCCUUAUAAGGUAUCACUGAAAUGCAGAAGGUGUUGAAAAGGUUUUGUGUGUGAUUUUGUAGGAGUGUCUGCCCUAUUACAAAAUGAAUUACCUGUUUUUUUGCUGAGUUAUUAAAAAUCUUAAUAAAGUAAAAUAUUCAUUUUCAUUUGCUGAAUAUGUUACUUAGCUUAGCACUAGGCUAUGAUUACUAUUUGAACUUUCCUAAUUAUUUAACAGUGUAAAAAUAUAAGGUUUAAAUGUAAUAUAUUCUGGCAUCUAAGCCAGCAAUUGUAUGAAGUAUGAAAAAGUGCUGAUUGAAGUCAUUGUGAAAUAUUUGUAAAAUAUUUCAAAAAUGUUAACAAACAUAUGCUGAAUAUUAAUCCUAUUGAUACAACAAUUGUAUGGUAGUUGUAUAAAUUAAUAAAAUAUGGUAAAUAUA